AUGCUUCGACCACCGAAUUCACUGUCCGGUAUGCUCCAUCGAGUAGCCGUAUGGCUUGUGUUGGCCUUUUUAUGCAGUACCGUAAUAAGAUUUAUACUUAUGCUCGAUCUCAACAAACGGGUUUACAAUCACACUCCUGGACCAUGCCGAGUUGUUGAUGGCAUCAGUGAUGGCGCAGCCGGGCUCGAAAUUAUUUCCGAACUCGGUUUGGUUUUCAUCUCAACGGGACUCGCCGGUGCAUACGGUAACAUGACGUCACGAGCGGGUUUGGCAGUAUUCCAGCUCCAAAAGGAAAUGGCAAAGCACGAAGUGAAACCAAUAAAAAUUGAAGGCGAGAGAUUCAACCGGGUGAGCAAAUUGGAGGUACUCUUUCGUUAG